AUAAAAAAAUGGCGAAAUGAAAUUCACGGUACCAGGGUCAACCGAGCACGGACGCGUAAAGCCAACAAGGGGGGACCGGGGGAGCACGAGGAAACCGAGGAGACUGACCCAACCCGUGCUUGCGGCGGCGCUGCGCUGGUGCCGGCCACGGCCAUGAUCGGCGGCGGGCGGGCAGCGGAUAGCCACCCGGCGUCCUGCUCGUCCUCGUCCUCGUCUUCCUCCUCGCCGUCAGGCCCGUCGACGGGGGGCUCCCGCCUUCACCGCAGCAAGAGGCGUCCCGACAUCCUCAACAUGCUCAUGAGUGCAGCAUGUCUCAGUUCAUCAUCUUCUGAUACUGGAAAAGGACAAAGCAAGUUUUCAAGCAACAAAGUAACACACGGAUUUCACUUAGUGGAAGGAAGAUCUGGCCAUGAUAUGGAAGACUACCAUGUAGCAGAGUAUAGAUAUGAAAAUGAUCACGAACUUGGUCUUUUUGCUAUUUAUGAUGGACAUCUGGGAGAUAGUGUGGCCAGUUAUUUGAAAGCUAAUCUUUUUGACAACAUACUGAAAGAGCCUCUCUUUUGGUCAGACCCUCAAGAAGCAAUUAAAAACGCAUACAGCUCUACAAACAAAUAUAUUCUGGAAAACACUAGGCAACUAGGACCAGGGGGGUCAACAGCAGUCACUGCUAUUGUAGUUGAUGGUACAGAUAUGUGGAUUGCAAAUAUAGGUGAUUCAAGAGCUGUUUUGUCUGAAACUGGUACUGCCAGCCAGGUUACUGUUGAUCACGAACCUCAUACCACUAAUGAACGAAAGAGGAUAGAAGAAAAAGGUGGUUUUGUCUCUACGUUCCCCGGUGACGUUCCUCGUGUAAACGGCCAACUUGCGGUUGCAAGAGCAUUUGGUGAUCAGAGCCUCAAGGCACACUUGAGCUCAGAGCCUGAUGUUAAGCAUAUAAAGAUAAAUUCAAGCACAGAGUUUGUCAUACUUGCCAGUGACGGGUUAUGGAAGGUAAUGAAGAACCAGGAAGCCGUUGAUCUGGUGAAGUCAACCAAGGACCCGCAAACAGCGGCGAAGCGACUGACGUCCGAGGCCCUGGGAAGGAUGAGCAAGGACGAUAUCUCAUGCAUUGUCAUCCGUUUUCGAUGCUGACUCUUGGGUAAUCCAGCUCAUCCAUUGCCCUAAGCUGCCUGUGUGCAUCAGCAGAACUGUUUCCUCCGUAUCGUAGCUGGUAGCGUCUGGAUCUGUUUGCAGCUCAGGAUCAGAUUGGUGAUUGGACUGGACAGGUUAUUGACCAAAGAAUAGAAGAAUGCUGGGUUUGGGUGUUUUCAGCGUCUGCAGGCUGUUCUUUUUUUCUUCUUCUGUGCAUAUAUACACGUUGGAAUCAAAUAUAUACCGUCGGACUGGAGCCAAGAAAAACCAUAUAUAUACCGCCCCAAGAUGCAAAGAUGAUACAGAUUAUGUAAGCUUGUAGACAUGUAGUAGUUGGAUUAUGGCUUUUAGUGACUCGUGUGUGUGGUGUGAAUUCCUGUGUGUAUUGAAGAUAAAGUUCCGUUGCCAUUCACGUACGGAACCAGCGAUAUGCUAUGAACGGGAUCAACUUCAAAUAACAUUCGUCUCUCCUUUAUAAAACAAGAACUCUAUCAGAAAUUGCAUACUGCCGUCGCGUAUCCAGUGGCAACAGAAAGCUGGAUAGCAGGGUUGAAGGUUGAAAGUUUUCUUUUUUUGUUUGAUAAGUGCUAGCACGAGACUGAUUCUUACAAACAAAGUGACAUGUUUGAGGAACAGCAGACUGGCGAGCCUGUUUGGCUAGUCUAUCUGCUAUCUUGUUGCGUUGCACUGGAAUCUUGUAAAAAGCAACAUUCUGAUUUGAUGUAUCUGAGCAACAUUAUGGU